AUGGCAAUGCCAAGUACGAUGCAACCUGAACAAAAUCUCUCUCAUAAACGUCAAAAAACAUCCGAGUCAUCUCUCUUGGCCACACCAACAGGUGUAGCAAAUGUCGCACAAUAUAGAGCCGAUCAUAAUCCCACAAAGAAAUGGCAAGCAGUCUUGACUCGAGUAAUUAUGAAGUCUAGUCAUGGUAGGAAUCUUUGUCCAAUAGCCAUGGGACACGUCUAUCUCAUCGUCUUGGUCUUCAUAUGCCAAUUCUCAGUAUUUAGAGAAGUGACCAACUUAUUUCAAGUAGGAUAUAAAGCCUAA